UAACCGAACAUAUCGAGGAAAACAGAUCCUCGAAGUAUGUUACCGCCAUAUCGCAAAUAGCAACAUCCUCAGUAGACCAGACUAUCGUGUUUGUCAAAAAGACCGACAAUCUGAUUACGAGCCCGUCGCUGCUUGGUGUGGGCUUGAAAAUACUUAGUAUUCUUAUACUUCGUUUCUCUGAUAUUGCAUCCACCGGAGUAUGCUUUCUACUCUCUAUUUUUCCAUUUUUCUGUAUCUCUAUUUCUCUCGCUGCUCUCUAUCUCUUUGUCUUGGUCAGAAACAUUAUGCCGUCGUCUGAGUCCACAAUGAAGAAAGGAACAAAACGAAAAAUCGAAAUCAAGAAACGAGAAACCAAACAGCAACGAGCGGUGGCUUGCUCUAAACGCCGUCAAACUGUCUUUUCCAAAGCCGCCGAUCUCUGUCAUCUCUCGGGAGCCAACAUCGCCGUCUUCGUAACCUCUCCCUCAGAGAUCUCCGACGUUGUUUACUCCUUCUCCGGCUACUCUCCUGCCCAAGAGAUCGCUGAUUGUUACCUAAAUCGCAAGCCACCUCCUAAGAUUGAAGUUAAACCCCAAUCGAAGCUAGGGUUUUGGUGGGAAGACCCUGAUCUAUACCAUUCUUGUGAUGAUCUCUCUGAGUUAAACAUCCUCGAGGAUCGUAUAGAGAGAGUGAAGAAGCAUAUGAUGGCGUGCCUUGAGAAGAAAGAAAAANAAACGAAAAAUCGAAAUCAAGAAACGAGAAACCAAACAGCAACGAGCGGUGGCUUGCUCUAA